CCAAUCAAAAGAGAAAACGAGAAAAACUGCCUUAAACUAAGAAGAGUUUUUCUCUUGUGUGUACUGAAGUAAUUUGUAUUUUAUAAAAUUAUUGAUUAAAUGAGUUUUUUUUUUUGUCUACAAUUUUUACAACACAUAAAAUCACACCAAAAUCUCUAUAGGAUUCAUAUAUAAUUUGAAUAAAAAGUAAAAAUAUAUUUGAGACAACACACAUAAAACAAGCCGUCCGUCACGCAUAUCGUGAGGGCCAGAGUGUGGAAGGUGUGAAAGUAUUAAAUUGAAAGGAAAACAUGAAGAUGGCCGACGGUACGACUAUUGUGCGUAGAAAUAGACCAGGAACCAAAGCAAAGGAUUUUUGCCGUUGGCCCGAUGAACCGUUAGAAGAAAUGGACAGCACACUAGCUGUACAACAGUAUAUACAACAAUUAAUUAAACGAGAUCCUUCGAAUGUUGAAUUAAUAUUAACAAUGCCAGAAGCUCAAGAUGAGGGUGUUUGGAAAUAUGAACAUCUCAGACAAUUUUGCAUGGAAUUAAACGGUUUAGCCGUACGUUUACAAAAACAAUGUUCACCAUCAACAUGCACUCAAAUGACUGCCACUGAUCAGUGGAUAUUUUUGUGUGCGGCACAUAAAACGCCUAAAGAAUGUCCCGCCAUCGAUUAUACACGUCAUACAUUGGAUGGCGCUGCCUGUUUAUUAAAUAGUAAUAAAUAUUUCCCCAGCAGGGUUUCAAUAAAAGAAUCGUCAGUCACCAAGUUGGGUUCGGUAUGCCGUCGUGUUUACAGAAUUUUUUCGCAUGCUUAUUUCCAUCAUCGACGUAUAUUUGAUGAAUUCGAAGCCGAAACUUAUUUAUGUCAUCGUUUUACGCAUUUUGUCACCAAAUAUAAUCUCAUGUCUAAGGAGAAUCUUAUCGUACCAAUUAAUGAGGAGGAGAAUAAUGCAACACCCGGUGAAAGUGAAGCUUAAAAGUUUUUUCAAAACUACAAUACAAAUUGCAUAUAUCAUUCAAUAUAUAGGCGACAUAGAAAAAGAAAACGACAAACUUUAGUGCUGGUGCACUGGUUAUAAAAAAAGAAAAAAAUAUAUAAACCAUUCUCCUUGUCAUAUACACGCAUAUAUAUAUAUAUAGAGAGAACCAAUCAACCAAUAUUAAGUUAUGAGAAACCUAAAGGACAUCACAAAGGCACACAUAAACCUAAUAUAGUAAAACGAAAAUUAUUUAAAAUAAAUGAGCAAACACAAACACUCACGCAUCGGAAAUGUUUAUAUAUUCUCCACUAAUAAAAAGAAGUCAUUAAUUGGUUUAUAAAAAGAAAAAAGUUACGAAAUAGGUAAAACCUUCAUUAUUAUGCAAAAGGGAAUAAUUAUAUUAUAUAUAGAAAAGUGUAUACAACAAUCAUAAGCGAGAAU